AUGUCCACCUUGCGACCUCUCCAGCCGCGGCAGUUCGGGCCCGAACCCCCACCGCCAAGCCAGCCCUCGUUGAGUGCCCCCGCGAGGUCAAAAAUCAACGCGGCCUGUGAAGCCUGCCGUAAGCGGAAGUCAAGGUGUUCUGGCCUUCGGCCAGUUUGCAGUCGAUGUGAAGAGAAGAGCAUCGAGUGCGUGUACAAGACAGCGUCAACAGAGACGCACUCGCAAGCCCUCAAGAGAAAGUUUACUCAGGUGCAGCAGAAUGAAUCGCAGUAUGCAGAGCUAUACGAACUUCUCGCGACGCUGUCAGAAGACGAAGCGGAGGACGUUUUGCGGAGGAUCAGGUCUGGAGCUGGCGUUGAUAGUAUUCUCAGCCACAUCAGGGCUGGUGGCCUGCUGCUUCAGAUGGCGCUUACGCCCGAGGCGAGGUUUCGAUACGAGUUUCCUUAUAUCUCUGACAUGCCCGAAGGGCUCCUCUCUAACAAUCCGUAUCUCGAUUCGCUCGUCUACGAAGCCGCAUCUCUCUACCCGGGUCCUGGCAACCAAAGCAACGCCCCAAGGCCUCAAAGUCUCACCCUUUACACCUAUAAAAGCCCGUAUCUCAAACCACUUCACUCUGCAGAAGUAAUCGAUCCCCUUCUUUUGGCAGCCAAACCUUCAACAUGGACCGCCGUUUGCGCCAACGACACUCUGAUGAGGGAGCUUCUCAACGUCUACCUGCGCUGCGAAUACCUUCCCCACGUGGUCUUUCAAAAGGACUAUUUUCUAGAGGAUAUGGCCUCCGGGAGGGGCACGUUUUGCUCAUCGCUCCUAGUCAAUGCCCUGCUAGCCUACACAUGCAUCUGCUACUCCAGGUUCCGCGACCGGGCUGAGUACUGGAACCCACAGACGCUCUUGUAUCGGUUUUUGGCUGAGGCGAAGCGUCUGUGGGAGCUUGAGGCGGACAUUCCUCGUCUCACGACGGUCCAGGCAGGUGUCAUACUCAACACAGUCCACAAUAUCUGCGGUCUUGACAAGUUUGGGAGGCCCUAUUGCAUACAAGCUUUGAACCUUGCUCACAAGCUGAAGUUGUUUGACGAUAAUGAAGAGAUUCAGGACCAGCGUACGAGGGACGGGAGAUGUUUCACAGCGUGGGUGCUCUACACCUAUGAGACGUUCACUGCGUACCAUUUCAUGCACCCCCCAGCUCUCAAACAACCCCCCAAAGUGGCUCUUCCAGACCCGCUGAAAAAUGCACGAUGGUAUGGUGAGGUGUGGCUCAAGUACCCUCUCGAAACGACGCUCUUCCCAGCCCACUUCGGCCAGUUCUUCAAGGCAAGGUGUCAGUUUCUUCAGAUCAUGAACGCAGUCUGUGAGGUAUACUUUGCGGAAGACGGCGAACCUGUCACUUUGGAACAAGCCAACACCUUCUACACUCAGUUUAGGAACUGGUCAUACGGUCUCCCGGACUGCCUCAAGCCCAGAUUCAUUGUGCAUCCAGGACAUUUUAACCUUCACUUCUACCACCAAAACCUCAUCAUGACGAUCUACGAGCGAUUUGUCCUCCAGCCAGUAUCCCAAAGCCCUAGUCCCCAAGAGAUGGUGUCCCUGGCUACAAAGCAUCUCCUGACACUGAUCCGCAUCUACUAUCUCCGGCACGGGUUCAACGAAACGGUCGUCUUCAUCUGCCAGCCCCUCGCCCUAGCGGCAUUCAUGUGUCUCGACGCCAUUGACAGGCAGACACCUGAUUUUGACCUCGAGGCUACCCGUUCCACCCUUUUCCUCGCUGCCAAAGGGUUGCGGGAUCAAGCACGCAGUCACUACGUGGCCGAGAGUCUCUUCCAGGUCGUCAAGGGUCGGAUGCGACCAGAAGAGUUAAAUUUGAUGAGGGGUAUAGCCAGCAUUGAAGAUGUGCAUGACACGGGAGCGAGAGCGCCCAUGCAGGCUGUUCACAGUGUAUGGCCUGUGGACAUAACGAGUAAGUCGGAUGAGAUCGAGGCCAAUAGUCUGAGCAGCUUAGUGGAACAGUUUGCCAUGACUAGCCCAGAUGCAUAG